GACCUUACAUAGUCUUCUCGUGUGUCCAGCCUCGUCAGCUAUUAGCUUUAGAGAAGAAACUGCUGCAUCAAUGGCGUUGAGACUGACAUCGCUGAAACGCGCCGCGGCUGAGUCAUGCCGCAUCUUGGAAGUCCGAAGCUUCAGCCACGUCGCGGGUAUGCCUCCGCCUUUUAACAGCGUCAUCGAUCGACCCAUCGCUAUGCUGCCGCCGCUGAUUGCACCUGAGUUCGAUCAGAAUCAGAAUCAACUGGGUUCGAUCGAUGAGAAGAGCUUCGGGUUUGGGUUUCCUAGUUUUGCUUUCAGUGGAUCCAUGGAGCUAAUGGCUGUACCCAAGAAGAAGGUUUCUAAACACAAGAGAGGGAUAAGAAAUGGGCCAAAGGCUCUUAAGCCUGUUCCUGUCAUCAUCCGUUGCAGGAGUUGCGGGCGAGUGAAGCUCCCACAUUUCUUCUGUUGCAGCGGUGAGCGGGUAAACCCCAGUGAGCAAGGCCACUAGGACUGAUGACCAAGAUCUCCUAUAUGAUUACCCUUGUUGGAGUACAUCUUCGGUUUCUUAGUCGUAGACUCGAGUGAUACUAUAGACUUAUUAGUUGACUCUGUUUUUUUUUGUCAAAUUAUUUGGGUUUCAUCUGCAAGAUCAAUAUGCUCAUGCUUUUUUUUUUCUUGACAAAUUAUGUUGUUGUCAUUGCUUGUUGCAAAGUCUAGGCCAGCUCAUUUAUAUAUGUGCUCUUAGACUUAAAUAACAGCUGCAUCUACUUUAAAUAAAGAGAAAUCUUCCCAUGAAA